ACGCACGUGCGGUAGAGAAAAGCGGCUCGGGUAGCGCGGAGCCGAGUAGUGUGCCGCCCCGUGAAAAAGUUGGUCGUCGAUCGUGCCCGUGCUCUCUCUCUCUCUUUCUCUCUUUCUCUCUCUCUCUUUUUCGAAAUUUAUCGGGAAGAAAAAAAAGUUCGUGGCGCGAUCCCGGUACCGUGAUUUUCGCGAGAAAUAAUCAUUCGUGUUACGUUAAAAUUGCUUGAACUAAAGCAACUCGAGGGAAUUUGUCGACGAGGAAUGGCACUGGGCGCUCAGAUCGAGGCAUCCGGGGAAAACGGGAGCGUGAAAAUACCCUUGCUGAACGGCACCGAGGAUCGAAACGCGACCGAAGUGAAGCAGAACGGUGAAGAAAGCGGUAGCACGAGUACGAUCGCAGAGAAUGUUGUAGAAAAGGGCGAGGUUGAAGCUACGAAGGAAGGGGAGAAGGAAAAGGAUACAAAGGAUGAAAAGCUUGAUAAGGAACAAGACAAGGAUAAAGAGAAAGAUGCGGUCAACGAGCAAGAGGUUGUUUAUAUCCAAGAUAUGGGAUUUACUGUUAAAAUCGUUAGCCCUGGCGCCGAGCCAUUCGAUAUUCAAGUGUCCAGCAUGGAAUUGGUACAGGAAAUUCACCAAUUACUUAUGGAUCGCGAGGACACUUGUCAUCGUACCUGUUUCUCCCUUCAACUCGACGGGAACACAUUGGAUAACUUCGCAGAGUUGAAAAAUAUCGAGGGCCUAAAAGAAGGUUCUAUUAUUAAGGUCGUCGAAGAACCCUACACGAUGCGGGAAGCUCGUAUACACGUGCGACACGUUCGAGACUUGUUGAAAUCCGUAGAUCCUACAGACGCUUAUAACGGCGUUGAAUGUAGUAGUUUAUCGUUCCUAAACGUUGUUACCAAUGGCGAUAUUCUAGAGAAAAAGAAAACGCGAGCGGAUUCGGUCGAUUGCACUCCACCGGAUUACAUUAUACCUGGUUGUAAAGAUAGGCCUUUAUUGCCUUUGCAACCUCAAGCUAAAGAACAAAAAUGUCCACCAUGCCUAAAAGUGUUAACAACGUCCGGGUGGAAUCCACCCCCAGGUCACAGAAAAUUACAUGGUGAUCUUCUAUACUUACACGUUAUAACUCUGGAAGAUAAGCAGUAUUAUUUAACGGCCUGUGCUAGGGGUUUCUUUGUUAAUCAGUCAACAAAGGAGGUAUUUAAUCCAAAACCAGCAACGCCGAGUCAUCUGUGCCAUAGUUUGAUCGAGUUGUUGAACCAAUUGAGUCCAGCUUUCAAGCGAGGCUUCGCUGCCAUGCAGAGACGGAGAACGCAGAGACAUCCUUUCGAAAGAGUUGCGACACCCUAUCAACUAUAUGCAUGGAGUGCUCCACAAACCGAGCACACUAUUGACGCUAUACGUGCCGAGGACACUUUCUCAUCAAAAUUAGGCUACGAAGAACACAUCCCAGGACAAACACGAGAUUGGAACGAAGAAUUGCAAACUACCAGAGAAUUACCUCGCAAAAAUUUGCCUGAGAGAUUAUUAAGAGAACGCGCCAUUUUCAAGGUUCACAGUGAUUUUGUUGCUGCAGCGACUCGAGGCGCGGUAGCUGUAAUCGAUGGCAAUGUCAUGGCUAUAAAUCCGGGCGAGGAAGCAAAGAUGCAAAUGUUUAUUUGGAACAACAUUUUUUUCUCUUUAGGCUUUGAUGUACGAGAUCAUUACAAGGAACUCGGAGGUGAUGCUGCCGCUUUCGUUGCUCCUCGUAAUGACUUGCAAGGCGUUAGAGUUUAUGCUGCUGUUGAUUUACUUGGACUCUAUACUCUUGGCACAGUUGUUAUCGAUUAUAGAGGCUACCGUGUUACUGCUCAAUCUAUUAUCCCAGGAAUCUUAGAACGCGAACAAGAACAAUCUGUUGUAUAUGGUUCUAUAGAUUUUGGGAAAACCGUUCUUACACAUCCGAAAUAUAUUGAAUUAUUAAACAAAGCUGGACAACAAUUAAAAAUAUUGCCUCAUAAAGUAAUUAACGACACUGGAGAGGAAGUUGAACUUUGUAGUAGUGUGGAAUGUAAGGGUAUCAUUGGAAAUGAUUCUCGACAUUAUGUUCUAGAUUUACUAAGGACUUUUCCGCCCGAUGUUAAUUUCUUAAAAUUGGAAGGCGUUGAAUUAAGUAAGGAAGCAAGAGCGUUAGGGUUUCCUAUUGAACAUAAACACAAAUUGGCUUGUCUUCGUCAAGAAUUAAUCGAUUCCUUCGUGGAAGCUAGGUAUGUUCAAUUCAUCAAACAUGCUGCUGUUCAUCUUCAACAACUUACAUCUGCUCGGAAGUCUCAGAAAGAAAAAGAAUCUUCCUCAAAGGAAAAUAAAAAAGAAGAAGCAAAUGCUGUGGCAAUUGACAGUAAUAAAGAAGUCUCAGCUCAGUCUCUAAUUGAGGCUGAUGAAGCUAAAAAAAUUGUUGAGAGCAUUACUGAUUCUAUAACAGGCGGUGAAAAACAAGAAUUGGAAGAAAGUACUAAAGAAAUAGUUCGUAGAGCUGCAGCAGCUGUUGGAAGUUUACGAGAUGCGGAAUUUGAUGUAAGAUUUAAUCCGGAUGUUUUCUCGCCUGGAGUGCGUCAUCCAGAUCCAAAUGGCGUUGCGUUGAAGAAACAAAAACAAUUAGUCAAAGAUGCUGCAGAUUUUCUCUUGACCAUACAACUCCCAACUUUCAUUCGAGAAUGUUUAGAUCAUACGGCUGCUGCCAUGGAUGGUAGCACUUUAAUAGAAGCUCUACAUGGUAGAGGUAUCAACGUUCGUUACCUUGGAAAAUUAGCAGUCAUGUUAGCUGCAGUACCUCAAUUACGAUAUCUCAAUCGUAUUGCCGUUUCAGAACUUAUUUUACGUUCAGCAAAACAUAUUUUUACAUCUUAUAUGCAGGGUACAGAAUUAAUGAGUCUUUCGGCAGCUAUCAGUCAUUUCUUAAAUUGUUUGCUAUCUUCAGCACAAAUCAUACAUCCUCAACAAAAUCUUGAAGAAGUAUGUAAAACAUUUUAUACGACGUAUAAAAAAAGAAAAAUAAUAUUUGUACGCACGAUAACUAUUGUUUAUUUUCAGUUGCAAAGCAAAACAGCAAAAAGACGUAAUAAAAGAAAAGGUAGAAACAAUGGACCACAACAGUCGGAAGUUGAAUGGGCAUCUUUGACACCAAAAUCACUUUGGCAACAAAUUAAAGCAGAUCUGAAAAGUUAUUAUGAUUGGGAAACACCAACCCCGGAAUCAUUGGACGCUACGAUCGAACAUUUCCAUUUGCAAAAGAUUUCUUUGCUUCGUGGUUUCUGCAUAAAAACGGGUAUUCAGAUAUUACUUCGUGAAUACAAUUUUGAAAAUAGAAAUAGAGCCACGUUCUUUGAGGAAGACAUCUUGAAUAUUUUUCCUGUUGUUAAACAUAUCAAUCCUAGGGCUAGUGAUGCUUAUAAUUUUUAUACAACUGGACAGAGCAAGAUUCAACAAGGUUAUUUGAAGGAUGGAUAUGAAUUAAUUAGUGAAGCAUUAAAUUUAUUGAACAAUGUUUAUGGAGCCAUGCAUCCUGAAAUUGCACAAUGCCUUAGAAUGCUUGCAAGGUUGAAUUAUAUAAUGGGAGAUCAUGGAGAAGCGUUAGCAACCCAACAAAAAGCUGUACUUAUGUCAGAAAGAGUGAAUGGUAUAGAUCAUCCAUAUACUAUCACGGAAUAUAUUCAUCUCGCAUUAUAUUCUUUUGCAAAUGGUCAAGUCUCCGUGUCGUUACGAUUACUAUAUAGAGCACGUUAUCUCGCAUUGUUAGUUUGUGGAGAAGAUCACCCAGAAGUAGCUCUUCUUGAUAGUAACAUUUCUUUAAUAUUACAUGCCGUUGGAGAGUAUGAAUUAUCGCUUAGAUUCUUGGAACAUGCUCUGGAUUUAAAUCUUCGUUAUCAUGGUCCGCGUUCUUUAAAAGUAGCAGUAUCCUAUCAUCUUGUUGCAAGGACCCAAUCAUGUAUGGGUGAUUUCCGUGCAGCCUUAAACAAUGAAAAGGAAACUUACGCAAUUUAUAAACAACAAUUAGGCGAAGAUCAUGAAAAAACAAAAGAAAGUAGUGAUUGUCUGAGACAUCUUACGCAACAAGCUGUGGUAUUACAAAAGAAGAUGAAUGAAAUUUACACGGGAAAGUCAGGAGUUACAUUGCCACCUAUUCAGGUGCAACCACCGAGCAUGGGUUCGGUUCUCGAUAUGUUGAAUGUUAUAAAUGGUAUUCUUUUUGUACAAAUCAGUCAACAAGAUAUUGAAAAUUUCAAAGCAGAGAUUGAAAAGCGACAGAAAGAACAAUCACCAGAUAACGAAAGCAAAGCUAUCGAAGCUACUGAAAGCAAAAAGAACGAGAAGGAGAAUCGAAAAGUUGAACAAAAGUCAGAAGGAAAAAAGCUAGAAGAGACUAAAGCAACAUUAGAACCGGUCAUGGCAGAAAGCUGAGCUUUUUGUGCGCGUACAGAGAUAGAAAGAGUUAGUAGUAUCAUUUUCAAAUCCUAGUCUCUCUCAUCAUGCCCGCGUUUGUCCUUCCGAAAGGUAACGCUUAUACGAACACAUAUACGAUUGGAAUAAAAUCGGAGUGGGGCAGUGUCUUUGUAAUAGGAUUGUCAAAUAGUGCAUUAUAUUUGUUUAUAGUGCUAUAAUGUUGGAACUUUUGCAGUGCAGUGUUUCAAAGUCGUAAUCAAUAUGUGGGAAGGAACGCAUUUGCAAAAAAAGAAAAAAAACAUACUUUCAUCAAAUCUGUGACAUUCAUUCUUUAAAAUGUUGCAGAUUUUACUUAGCCCUUCUAUAUCAUAAUCACAUACAAUAAACAAAUUGAAUUGUUGUUUGAUGUAAAUAACGUUCAAAGAGAUCUUAUCUCUUACAAGGAGAAAAUUUACCAAUGUGGUAAAUUCAUUUGAUAGAUAUAAAAGAAGGUCUACGUGUAAUUGAAAAAUUCAUUGAAAUCGAAGAACAAGAAGUUUUCAUAAUUGCAAAGCAUUUUUCUAAGGCCUCGAAUAUUUAUACUUUCAUCAUGGCAAAACUAUAUCGUAACAUAUACACGCGCGCGCACGAACAUGUACUCACACAGAUGCAUCAAAUUUUGAUUAUUUGUUGAUUUAUUUUGUCUUACUUUUAAUGUUCUUUAUAUUAGUGAUUGUUUGUGAGAGGAGAUUUAACGAAAAUGUUAAGACAGUGUUUGUAUUUUUUUUUCUUUUUUUUUUUUUAAUGAACUAUGAAUGUUCAUUGACACGUUAUUAACAUGUAAGUCAUUUGUUUUCUCUUUUUUAUAGUUAUACAUAGUAUACUUCAUUAGUAUAUUUUGAAAAGUGAUCAUUUUGUGUCAUAAAAAUACACUUAUAUUGUGUUUCAUUCUUGUUACCAAUGAUAAAGAAAUGUAUAAUGCCAUUUUACACUCGUAUAUCAUGAAAUUUUACUUAGUUAGAUUUCAUUAAAUUCGCGUUAAAGGGCUUCCUGAUCAUUAUUUUUUAAAUUCAUUUACUUCUGUGAAAAUAUUGAACAUUAUAAAUAAUGCAUUUGCCUUUUAAUAUGCAUAGAAUAAACAAUAAUGAGAAACGUGACAUAAUGGCACCUACAUUAUUACAUUUGUAAUCAUCUACAUACAAAUGCAACUCAUUAGUCAAAUUACUGCUAGAGUAGCAUUAGUUUAAUAUAAUCAUUAGUUAUACCAUAAGUAAUGCUAAGAUAUCAGUGAUUAUUACAAAGGUGUUAAUAUCUUUUUUUCUCUAUUACAUGGAUCAAAAACAUCUCUUCAAAAAAAUAUAUAUAUCAUAUUUCAGCUUUGUUUUUAGAAUCGUUAUGAUUGAAACAGACUAGCUUCAAAAUAUUAGAAGUUACCAUGAAAAACGAAACAGACUGUUUUAUUGCAAUAUAAAUAGUAAAUAAAAAUAGUAUUUAGAUGCAUAAAGAAUCAUGUCUAUUAACAGUAGUGAAAGAACUGAAUGAGCGAUUUAUUAUCAUGCCAUAUAUAAUUUUAAAACUUUACUCCCUACAAAAUGUAUAACACUGAUUAAACUGAACUGUACGAUAAAGAAACUUUAGUCUAUAAGUAUUUGAUUAUAAAUAAAGUUAAAUACUUGAUUUAGACAUACCUUUUGUAUAUGUUGAUAAAAUUAUUGUGUGAAAUAUGUUGUUUCUCAUUGUUAUACAAAAGUAAUACAAUUUAAGACGAAUCUGCACUGUCCUCGGCUGACGAAA